AUGAAAAUCGUGACCACGGAUAAGGUGAGUCGUCUGUUCUACGGUGACACAUCUCACAAGGAGUUAAAUUCCUUUUUAUCCUUCACACACAUAAAUCUACGACUCCGUGCGCUGAGCGUAAGAAAAUCUUUCUCAUCUGCUGCACAUCACAUUCUGCUGCAGAAGCUUGGGUCGCCUCCUAUCAUUAGAAUCACAGCUAAACAAACCCCUUCUCCAGUGGAGAUUGAAAAUCUGCAAACUACGAAAGCAUCCCGUAAGCAGUCGAUACGAUACACAUCGACGUCCAAGAGGCGGGCGAAACCUUCCACCAGAGCUGCUGCCAAGAAGAUUAGACGCGUCUAA